AUGGCGCCAAAAUGGAAAUAUCACUUUCCAGCUCCUCUUUCAGAAGCUCUCCUCAUACACCAGAAAUUCUUCAUAGAAAGAGCUGUCCUCCCUCAACAAAUCUGGACGACUUCGUCGGAGACUAACCUUCUCGGCGACGGCAUCCGGAGCUGUGUGGAAGCAGUGGAAGAUGAUGUCAUAGUAGAAUUGGAGCAUGUGAAUGUGAAAGACAAUAUGAGCGUAUGUGUGGAUGAAAUGAGAGGAGGAGAUGGUGGGAUUGUGCCUCAAGUGGGUAUGAAGUUCAAGGACGAAAAUGAAGUUUACGAGUUCUAUAAGAGAUAUGCAUAUGAGGUUGGUUUCCUAGUCAGGAAAAGAAAUUCAAAGAAAGAUGACGAUGGGAUUUUGCAAUAUGUGACGUUGACAUGUAGUCGUGAAGGACGACGAAGCGGUUGUACGAGCAGCUCUUUGAAGCCGCAACCAACAAUCCAGACAGGUUGUAAAGCCAGGAUCUCUACAGCUUUCGAUUAUCAAGGUUUCUGGGUAAUUAGAACAGUACACCUGGACCACAACCAUAAGACAAGUCCUUCGAAGUCAAGGUUGUUUAGAUGCAACCGAGAAAGAAGUGCACAUGUGAAAAGGAAGAUUGAAGUGAAUGACCUGGUAGGGAUUCCGUUGCACAAAAGCUUCAACUCUGUAGUUGUUGAAGCAGGAGGUUAUGAGAAUCUUAGUUGUGUGGAAAAGGACUGUAGGAACUAUAUCGAAAAAGUGAGGUGGUUAAAACUUGGGGAGGGAGAUGCAGCAGCAAUACAGUCUUACUUUUCAGAAAUGCAAGCAGAGUGCUCGGGAUUUUACUUCAGUAUUGAUCUGGAUGAAGAUUCAAGGUUGAGAAAUGUUUUUUGGGCAGACAAUCGAUGUCGUCAAGCAUAUAAGGAGUUCAGGGACAUUGUGACGUUUGAUACAACAUACCUCACUAAUAAAUAUGAUAUGCCGUUUGUCCCAUUUGUUGGCGUAAAUCACCACGGACAAUCAAUGUUUUUUGGUUGUGGUUUGUUAUCAAAUGAGAACACAGAUACUUUUGUUUGGCUAUUUAGGACAUGGCUUAAGUGCAUGCACAGUCAAGCGCCUCAUGGAAUAAUAACCGAUCAAGACAGGGCCAUGCAAAAUGCAAUACAAAUAGUUUUUCCUGAUACGAAGCACAGAUGGUGUUUAUAGCAUAUUCUAAAGAAAUUGCCAGAGAAGUUUGGUUACCAUGUGGACAAGGGAUCUAUAUUUUUGGCUAUAUACGUAUUGGUGUAUGAUUCGCAGAAUGUCGAAGAAUUCGAGGCCGGUUGGAAAAUAAUGAUAGAUAAAUAUGAGUUGCAAGAUAGUGAAUGGUUGUCAGGUCUUUACGAAAAUAGAGGUCGAUGGGUUCCUUGCUUUCUAAAAACAUCAUUCUGGGCCGGAAUGUCAUCAACACAACGAUCUGAGAGCAUGAAUACCUUUUUCGAUGAAUAUGUGCACUCGAAAACAUCGCCGAAGUAAUUUGUGGAACAGUAUGAACGUGCACUACGGAACAAGGUGGAGGAGUUCCAAGCUGAUUUCAAGUCAUUUUCGCAAAUGGUUCCGUGUGCAACGACGUAUGAAAUUGAGCAACAAUUUCAGGCAGUAUACACAAUUUCAAAAUUCAGGGAAGUGCAGGUAGAGUUAGCAGGGAAGGUAUAUUGUGACAUCAUAUCUACGGCUGAUGUUUAUUCGGGGUCGACCUACGAGGUAUGCGACGAUGUGCUAUGUGGGGAUCGGCGAAAGAGAAAAAGAUUCGUAGUGUUAUUUAAUAGGGAGAACUGUGACAUUGUCUGCACUUGUCACUUGUUUGAGUUUCGGGGAGUUCUUUGCAGGCAUGCAAUCGUAGUACUCAUCUGUAAUGACGUCCGUGUACUCCCAGACAGGUAUGUACUUCGAAGAUGGAGGAGGGAUGUUAGUAGAGCACACACUAGGAUCGAUGUUAUCUACAGUGGGUUGGUCAGCACUCCCGGACAGUUGCGUUAUGAUAGAAUGUGUCAGGCUUUCGCUACCAUUACCGAUCUAGCUGCAGAAGACGGAGGUCGGACCCAUGCAAUUAUGGAAUGGAUAGGAAUUCAAGAGAAGGAACUCAUGAGUUCGAGGUUGAUCAGUGGAAGCAAUGUUCUACUGCAACGUACUACUCAAGUGUCAUUGAACAACAUAGGUUCGUAAAAGAAUGUAAGUUGCACAGUACUGGACCCUAACGCGGUGAACAAGAAGGGUGCACCUAAAAGAGUUCGAAGAAAGGGCCCGUUUGAGUCAACGUCAAAGAAACCAACGGCUCCAUCGAAAGGCAAAAGACCAACUGCUAGGCGUACUUAUCCACCAGAUGCUGCAUCGUCCAUUCAGGCUCAUCAACAACAUGAUUCGUCGAUGUCCAUUCCGUUCUCCUACUCGCAACUCUUGUUGGGUGACCAUGAAAGCCAAGUGUUUCCACAACAAUUUCCGACUUCUACACCGAUCCAUCCGUCCUCGACCCAUCCAACAUUCAAUUCUCAAGUAGGUCAUGCACAUCCUUACUACUAUCCAGAGGUAUGGCGUCAAGGUGGCAAUGAGUUUUGAUCCAGUUGAAUGCAUUUUGUUAUGUUAUGGUCAUCGGGGCAGAUGUGAAUCACCCGGGGUCGAUGAAAUUGUUGGCAUUCCCGGCAGAUGAGGAGACAGUGACUGCAGCAAAGUACGUGCAGCCUGGCAUUCUGUAUAACUAGUGACAGCUAUAAUUGCAAAGAUGAAGAUGCAAGGGUAAAUGCUUCGAGCCAUGAUUGUUUGAAGAUGGAAAUUGAAGGUCUUUUGCUGAUCAGCUGGGAGACAGAAGUUUUGAAUUUGAUGACAGAAAACAAACUGCGUUUGGAGUAUUUAUAGAUGGAGUUCUCUCCCAGGGAUGAAAAUUAUUUUUGAUAUUGGUGGAAAUAGGUUCAGUUUGUUUAUGAAUCGAAUUGGUUGUUUGGAAAUUCUGAAAAUGGCUGCUACAUUGUUGUACUUAGUUAA